AUGGCGACGAUAACAGAGAGGCAACAACAGGAAAUCUCAAAGGAAAAAGGUGAGUCUAUUUAUUUAGAAUGUAACCGUAAGUUCUUGUUUCAGGGAGAUUCCUUUUUAAACGGAGUUAAAAUGGGGUUUUACACACGUCGUCAGACAAUGGAGGAUCCUGAUGAAAUCCAGCGUUAUGAAGACUUUAGGACAAUUGACUGGGUUCAGGAUGCAUCAUUGAAUCAGUGGAUGACGGUUCACCGUGAUUCAAAGAAAAUUAGUAUGGAGAAAAAAACGUGGAUUAGAAAGGCAUUUUCUGUGCUUUCAGAUCUAUGUUAUAACGGGAAGAUGUGGAUUGUUAUGACGAUUGUGGGUGUUUUCAUUGGAUUAAACGCAACGUUUAUCGGCAUAACGACGAAAUGGCUUUCAGAUAUAAAGCUUGGGUACUGUUCAGGUGCAUGGUACUUGAGCAAAGAGUUUUGCUGUUGGGAGAUGGGUGAAGGUGAAUUAUUAGAAUGUAGUGAUUGGCAUAUGUGGUCGAGUUUUUCAUUGUUUAAUUUUUUUUUUUAUAUUAUAUUUGCAGUAAUGAGUGCAUUUCUGGUACGCACAUAUGCACCCUAUGCAGCAGGGUCAGGGAUAUCUGAGAUUAAGUGUAUUGUUGGUGGGUUUUUAAUGAAGGGAUUUUUGGGGCCAUUAACGUUAUUAAUAAAAUCUGUUGGGCUUUCAUUAGCCAUUGCAUCUGGACUUAGUAUAGGCAAAGAGGGUCCUUUUGUCCAUGUUUCUCUUUGCAUUGGGGAUUUUAUUAGUAGAUUUUUCGCUAAAUACGAUACUCAUUUAGCCAAAUUAAGAGAAGUUUAUUCUGCAUGCUCAGCAGCAGGUGUUGCUGUGGCAUUUGGUAGCCCAAUUGGAGGCGUUUUAUUUUCCCUAGAAGAAAUAUCAUCACAUUUUCCAAUGAAAACGAUGUGGAGAAGUUUUUUUUGCGCAUUAGUAGCAACUGCUGUUUUAUCUACUAUGAAUCCUUUUCGAACAGGACAAUUGGUUAUGUUUCAAGUUCACUAUAAUCGAAGUUGGCAUUUUUUUGAACUUAUAUUUUUCGCUAUUCUUGGAGUAUUUGGAGGAAUAUAUGGAGCAUUUGUAAUUAAAUGGAAUCUUCGUGUUCAAGCUUUUCGUCAACAUUAUCUUUCAGGUUUUGCCGUAUCUGAAGCAACAUUUUUUGCUAUAAUAACGGCUAUUUUGAGUUAUGGUAAUGCAUUUCUGAGAAUUGAUAUCACUGAAAAUAUGAAAAUUUUGUUUCGAGAAUGUACAGAUGAUUUAGGUUAUGACGGUAUAUGCAAUCGUUCUUCUCAAGGAAGGAUAAUAAUUUCAUUAAUUAUUGCUACCAUUAUAAGAACAUGUUUAAUAAUUGUAUCAUAUGGUUUAAAGGUGCCUGCAGGAAUUUUUAUACCAUCAAUGGCUGUUGGGGCAACAUUUGGUCGUUUAUUGGGUAUUUUUGUUUCAGCUUUACAAAAAAGGUUUUCAAAUUUUAUAUUAUUUUCUGCAUGUGAGCCAAACGUAUCUUGUAUAACACCUGGAACAUACGCAUUUCUUGGUGCUGCUGCUGCUUUAAGCGGAAUAAUGCAUAUUACAGUGUCGGUUGUUGUAAUAAUGUUUGAACUUACGGGUGCAUUGACAUUUAUACUUCCAACAAUGAUCGUGGUUGGAAUUACAAAAACAGUAUGUGACCAUUUUAAGACAGGAGGAAUUGCAAAUAGAACGAUUUUGAUUAAUGGAUUCCCUUAUUUAGAUUCUAAAGAGCAUUAUUUUGGUGUUCCGGUAGAAGACAUUAUGACUCAAAAUUUAACUGUUAUUCCAUCUAAUGGAUUGAAUUUACAAGAACUAGAAGCAAUUUUAAAUUCAUCUAAUAUUAAAGGAUUUCCCGUAGUAACUGAUCGAGAAUCAAUGUUAUUAAUAGGAUUUGUUAAACGUAGUUAUCUUCAAUGGGUAUUGGAGAAAUUCAAAUCUACAAGUAAAUUAUCACCUAAAACUCUUUGUUUUUUUUCAGUACCUGAAGAUAAAUCUGAAUUUAAGAGUCUUUUAAAGAAAUCUUAUGACAGUUUAAACGGUAAUACAAAUUUUACUGCCUCUUUGGAUUUUUCGCAUUGUAUUAAUAUUACACCGUUAACGGUUCAUCCUCAACUUCCACUAGAAACAGUUAUGGAGUUAUUUCAAAAAUUAGGCCCAAAAGUAAUACUUGUUGAGCAAUAUGGUCAACUUUGCGGGCUUUUAACAGUUAAAGACUUACUUAAAUAUAAAUUUAAAGUUGAAUAUGCAGAAAACCCUCAUGAUUUGUCUUUUACCAAAAAUGAUGAAAAACAAAUUUGGGAACUUUUAGUAAAAUUUAAGACAUGGGUAAAGGAGAUCAUUUUUGCUUAUUCGAGAAAAUAUAUAAGGGCAUCAGAAAUUGAGUUGGAUUUGUAUCAUUCAUAA